AUGAAUCCACCCUAUAACUCUGAGCUUGCCAUUCUAGAAGAAAUCCGCCAUCAUCUUCUUGAUGAUGACCAUGAAACUAUUCAAUCUAACAAUAACAGUACUAUGGUGUUUUCCGGAAGGACAGGAAGUAAUAGUAGGGACGAAACCACAUCGAAUUUGAAAGAGAGUGAUAUGAGGAGAUCAAUAAUGAAGUACAAGGGGGUAAGGAGAAGACCAUGGGGAAAAUACGCGGCAGAGAUCAGAGACCCUGAGAGAAAAGGGGCUAGAAAAUGGCUGGGGACAUAUGAGAAGCCGGAGGAAGCUGCCCUAGCAUAUGACCAAGCCACUUUUAAGAUGCGUGGAGCCAAGGCUAAGCUCAACUUUCCCCAUCUCAUUGGCUCCGAUGCAUUUAACUUUGAGCCAGUUAGAGUUACUAACAAGCGUCGGUCACCAGAAUCUUCCUCUUCUUGUUCUUUUUCUUGGUCUUGUUCGUUAUCAGAGGGUGGAUCUCUGAUGUCAAAAUGA